UCUAUUCAAAGAUAAAAAUCCUGACAUUAACUGCAGUUAUCAGUUUUUCAUUAAGUUUUUCAAUGAAAACUUUUCUCUAUCAUUUGGCAGACCCCAGGUUGAUUGCUGCUGUACUUGUGAGGAGUUAAAACUUAAAAUUAAAAGCCCUCACAUAAAUGAAGCAGCCAAGAGGUGUGCGGCAGCGGAACUAAUGAUUCACAGAAGGAGGGCAAAGAAGUUUUAUAAUGAACUUAAAAAAGAACGAGACUGCAAAACUGAACCACACGUUCUGUCCAUCUGUAUGGAUUAUAUGCAAAAUAUUCAAUUGCCACGAAUCCCAGUUCAAGAGACUUUCUAUAUGAGGCAGUUAACAGUCAAUGUUUGCUGCAUACAUAACAUAAAGGAACAUAGUGCUAUGUUAUACCUUUAUCAUGAGGGUACUGCCAACAAAGGCCCAAAUGAAGUGUGCUCACUUUUAACGGAUUAUUUGAACACGGUUCCUCCAGAAAUUAAGGAGAUAAGGAUUUUCUCUGACAACUGUUCUGGCCAAAACAAAAACCACUCACUGGCACGUUUGUUAUUGGCUUUAACACAAACUGGUCGAUUUAAUAAAAUAGAACAGUUCUUCCCCAUCAGGGGUCAUUCGUUUCUCCCCUGUGACCGAGAUUUUUCAAUGAUUAAAAGACAGCUGAGGAAACAUGACCGUUUAUAUUCCUUAAGAGAAAUCACUGAAUUAGUAAUCAAGAGCAGUAAUAAUAAUAAGUUUAUGGUGACACAUGUGAAAUCGGAACACAUAUUCGAUUACAAAAAUUGGUGGCCUCAAUAUUACAAAAAGUCUGUCGUUUCAGAAGAAACGCGCCCGAGAUCAGUUCCGAAAGAUGAUAAGCAACAGUUUGGCAUAAGUUCCUUCAUGCAUUUUUCUUUUAGUCAAGAAAUGCCUGGAACAAUUGUUGCACGAAAAUUUAUCAAUGGUAUGGUACUACAUACUUUUUGUUUGCGGCAAGCAAUGACGAACCCCGAAUUUCCACCAUGCAUUGCUUAUCCAGAAGGGAAGGUCCCCAUUAAAAAAAAGAAACUAGAUGACAUACGAAAACUUCUGCCCUAUAUUCCCGAGGAGCAUAAACAAUUUUACAUUGAUAUUUCUAACUGGCCAACAGCUGAAAACAUUGAUUUGGAAGUACAAGAUGAUUAACUGGAGAACAUUGAUUUGUAGGUACAAGAUGAUUAACUAACUGUAUAUAAUUUAAUUUUUGACACACUGUACAUGAGUAAAUAAACUAAUAUGUAGUAAAAUAUAACAUAUUGUAUCUUCUUUUCUACCAUUUUGUUGGAUAAGAAACAAUUAAAAUAAUAUAUAUACUAAAAUAACAAUAAAAUAUAAAAGAGUGUUUAAUAAAAUACUUUUC